UACAUGUCUGUUUUUACUUGUUGAUUUGAAAAAGGAAGAUCCCUGGGGCUAAAUAGAAGGGCUUUUUUCAUGGUAUUCGUUUAGACUAAUGCAGAUACGUAAAACAGCUGUAAGCAAUGUUGGUUUUAGAAUUACAUAAGGUAAAUAUUUCUUGAUUCCAUGUCUAAAAUGAAAACUAGGACACUGCAAAAUGAGAAAAGAGUAAAAAUAUCAAAGUAAGCAUUUAUUAAUCACUAACAGGUAAAACAACUCAUUGAUGAGCUCAGUCUUGAAGCAUCAUUGAGAUCUUAAACCAAAUGACUGGCUAAGCUAAUGUGUCAUUGUGCUGCUUUUGUAUUUUCUCUCCACAGUGACCUGAGUAUGAACAACAUCACUGAGCUUCCAGCAUAUGUAUUCAAGAAGUUCCCCUACCUAGAAGAACUACGACUCGCUGGGAAUGACCUGACAUUCAUCCACCCUGACGCCCUGUCUGGUCUGCAUCAGCUCAAAGUCCUGAUGCUGCAAAAUAAUCAACUUAAAUCUGUCCCCAAUGCAGCAUUGAAAAACCUUCACUCGCUCCAGUCUCUCCGCCUGGAUGCCAACCACAUUACAACCGUUCCUGACGACAGCUUCGAAGGUCUGCAGCAGUUGCGUCACCUGUGGCUGGAUGACAAUCACCUGACAGACAUCCCCGUCAGUUCCUUGAGACACCAGUCAAAUCUUCAAGCUCUGACUCUGGCACUCAACCGGAUCUUGUAUAUACCAGACAACGCCUUCGGAAACCUGACGAGUCUAGUUGUGCUGCAUCUUCAUAACAACCGAAUUAAGGAGAUAGGAGCCAAUUGUUUCGUUGGAUUGGUGAACCUGGAGACGCUAGAUCUUAAUUUUAACAACUUGAAGGAGUUUCCUAAAGCAAUAGAGGCCUUGCCCAAACUGAAAGAACUUGGGUUUCACAGCAAUGAUAUUGCUGCCAUUCCAGAACGGGCCUUUCAUAACAACCCCAUGCUGCGAACCAUACACUUUUAUGACAACCCUCUGUCUUUUGUGGGAGCUUCAGCUUUUCAAAAUCUCUCAGACCUGCGCUCUCUAAUGUUGCGUGGUGCCAGUCUGAUGAAGGACUUCCCCAUCCUCACAUGGACUAACAAUCUGGAUAGUCUGACCCUCUCAGGUACCAAGAUAUCAUCCAUACCUGCUGAUCUGUGUGAAGAUCUCAAGUUCCUUCAGACACUUGACCUGUCCUACAACGAGGUGAAGCAGUUACCGUCCUUCCAGGGCUGCAGCCGGCUGCAGGAGAUAAGCUUCCAGCACAAUCACAUUCAACAAAUUGACAGAGAUACUUUUCAGGAUCUCUCAGCGCUCCGUUUGCUAGACCUGAGUAGGAACGAAAUUCGAGUUAUCCACAAAGAUGCUUUCCUCAGUCUCACUGGACUCACCAACUUAGAUCUGAGUAUGAACUCCCUGUCUGUGAUUCCGACAACUGGACUGAGUGCCGUCAUUCAGCUAAAACUUUCAGGAAACCCACAGAUGAAAAAUGUUCUUCCUGCAAAAAACCUGCCAAAACUCAGGUCCAUCUCUGUCCCUUAUGCCUACCAAUGCUGCGCGUUUAUUGGAUGCGACUCGGUGACGAGGUCUGCUGAGCAAACGGACGUGAAGAAAUCUACAGGUGUAGAAGGUGGUGAGCAGGUCUCAAUGAUAAUGCAUUGUUCACCUUCACCAGGAGCCUUCAAGCCUUGUGAGCACCUCUUGGGGAACUGGAUGAUUCGUCUGACAGUGUGGUUUAUCUGCCUGGUGUCGCUGGUCUUCAACAGCCUGGUGCUGGUGACCACCUUCUCGCCCGCUCACCGAGCCGCCGGUUAUUCCCACUACCUGACUCCGUCUUUGUCACCAGCCAGGCUGCUAAUGGGUCUGCUGGCCCUGGCCAACCUGCUCACUGGCCUGUACGUCGGCAUUCUGACCGUGCUCGACGCGGCAACGUGGGGAUCCUUCGCUGAGUUCGGCGCGUGGUGGGAGAUGGGUCCCGGCUGUCAGAUCACCGGAGCUCUCGCCGUGUUCUCUUCGGAGUGGUCGGUGCUGCUGCUGGCGCUGGCAGCCGUGGAGCGCAGCAUGGCGGUCCGGAUGAUCCUGGGAAAAGUGCUGAUGUCGCCCAGGAGGAACGGCAGCAGCCAUCGCAGGUGUUUUAGAGGUUACCAGUGCUUUGGCCUGGCCGCGGGGCUGCUGGGGUUGCUGGCGGCGGCCGGAGCAUGUCUGCCUCUUCUGACCUUCAGCGACCAGUCGUCUUCUCCCCUCUGCCUGCCGUUCGCUGGUGGGGAGAGUCCGGCUCUCAGUGUCACAGUCAUUCUGGUCCUGCUCAACGCCCUGGCUUACCUCUUCACAGCUGCAGUUUACACCCAGCUCUACUGCCACCUCGGCAGGGUGGAGCUGGCGGACCCAGAGCAGACCGGCGCCCUCCGUCAUGUCGCCUGGCUCAUCUUCACCAACUGCAUCUUCUUCUGUCCCGUCGCGGCUUUUUCCUUCGCCCCUCUCCUGACCGGCUCCACGGCCGGCGGCCCGGAAAUCGCCAAGUCCGUCACCCUCAUUUUCUUCCCCCUCCCCGCGUGCUUGAACCCAGUGUUGUAUGUGUUUUUCAGCCCGGCCUUCAGAGAGGACUGGUUAAGGCUGCGCGGUCACAUGGAUUUGACCCAAGAGGUGAAGGCCGGCACUGAAAGCGGCUGCGACGAUGGCGGUGGAGGGUCUGAGCUCACAGACGAGGGAUCCUUCUCCCACCUGGGCUUUGACUGUGGUGUGUACUCUCAGCUUUGUGGAGAGACUGUGUGCGAACAGUGCGAGGCAGUCCUGCGUGCCCGGACCUGCUCUUCCCCCUCAGCCUCCUCGGUCUGCAGACAUUUAGUGAAGUCUCACAGCUGUCCCACCCUUCUGGCUGGAGCCGCCAUAUGCCCGCGCUCCGAGGGGUUCUGGGCAGACAGCGGCACGCCCUCUGCUCAGUCCGAGUACGCCGAUGAGGGGGACUCGUUUGUUUCAGACAGUUCAGACCAGGUUCAAGCCUGUGGCAGAGCCUGCUUCUGCCAAAGCAGAGGACUUCCUCUUGUACACUACUCAUACAACAUACCUCGAGUCAAAGACUAAGGUUGCCUCAGUGCUCCAGUACGUCAGUGUGCACAGAUAUGUCUGUCAUGUGAAUUUAGAUUCUUCAAGAUUAUGUAAUUUUUUUAAAUAUAAAUAUAUAUAUAUAUAUAUAUAUAUAUAUAUAUAUAUAUAUAUAUAU